UACAGACAUGGCGGUGAAAUGGAAAGGUCGGGGAUUCAAGUAAAAUUACAAACAAGUGGAUAUGACCUAGAAAAUAGCAAUGACUAUCCAACCGAUUCGUGCGUGUUGGCUGUGGUAACAGAGAACUGUCUCCAAGUGCUAGAAAAUCAAGAAAGGGAUCCAGUAAGUCUAUCCCGAUCUUCCAUUAGCCUGAACCUGUCCGAAAGCGAUUCGGAACUGCUCACUGACGAAAUGGAUAGACUAAACAAAACAUAUGGAAAACACAACACAUUUGUUGUGUCUCCGAUUCAGGACAUACCCGUGAAGGACACAGGAUUUGAAUACACACCUCAAAGGAAAAGUGUGAGGGAAAAACCCAGGAGUCUCUCAGCCACAUCACGAACCGCAGACCGUCUGCGUGUUGAGAAAAAGAAGCCAGCAAUGCCACACAUCCCGUCCUUGGAUCUUGAUCAAGUUAACAUCCUAUCCGAAACAAGACGCAUUGCUGAUCUUAACGAAAAUCAGAAUUCUGCUUUCGCAUCUUUUUCAAACGAAAAAAGAAACAACGAAAACCAAAACUCAGCAAACGCUGAACAAGUUAGUCCGUCGGCCGCCAGCUCGAAAGAAAGACAUGGCUCAAACGUUGCUGGCUGCCUUUUUAACAUGUGGCAGUCCCAACGCAUGUGCGAUAUAAUAUUGAAAGUCGACGGCCACGACUUUCCAGGACAUAAGCUCGCUCUCGCAGCACAUAGUCCAGGCUUUGCCAACAAAUUCUGUGUCAACAAAAACACCGCUGACGUGGCCCACAUACCCGUCCCUAACUGUUCCUUUGAAGCUGCUCAGGAGGUGAUGCGAUACGUCUACACAUCUGAGAUCGACAUCACUCUGCAAAAUGUAGAUUCUGUUCUCUCUUGUGCCAAAUAUCUUGGCAUCACAGAUUUGCUGGAACAAGGCAAGCGGUUUCUGCUGAAUCACUCUGUACAGGAGGCCCUGGGAGUGAUGCAAAUUGCCCGAAAACACGAACUGCUGGACAUCUAUUCGAACGUUUACGAUUAUGUGUGUCUCAAUUUCAACAAAGUUACAAAAACAGACAGUUUUCUUCGCACAAGUCACUCAGACCUCUGCCAUCUCCUGUCUGACGACAACCUCUGUGUACAAAAAGAACUGGAUAUCUUCUUUGCCGCCACCAGAUGGCUGGACUACAACAGACAGGAUCGUCAGCAGUAUUUUCAAGAUGUGGUAGGCUGCAUCCGCUUUGCCUACAUCACUCCUGAGGAGAUGGUCUCUCACGUCGAACCUAGAGCCCUUCCUACUGAGGACUGCAAGGACCUCCUGAUGGGUGUAUUCAGAUACCAGGCACUGAAGUAUAGCGGAAGUCCCCUGACGUCAUCAGAGCGGGUGCUCCCUGAACGUCAGUAUCAUCCACGAGACGGCGAGGUCAACAACAGCAAGCGCAAGUCGUGGUUCCAGACCAUCCCCACGAAAGAAGACCCGAAAACCGUCACUACAAGCUUCACGAGGGCUCACUGUUACGUUCCAACUCCACUCGUAGCGCUGAACUCAAAAGCCAGCGCCCACAACCAGAGCCUCCCUCCCCGCCCCCCGCUGAUGAUAGCCAGUGGAGGGAUCGACCCCUUCCGGUCCAUGGACGGAGAUGCACCCUGUCGGCUUGUGGAAGAGUACAACCCCUAUACCAACACCUGGGGCUUGCUGACUCGACUUCCGGAUGCAAGGCACCAUCACGGGUCGGCGGUAUUGGACGACCAGGUCUACAUCAUCGGUGGGUCGUUGGUUGAGUGUAGCGACCCCGGGGAUCUGGCUAACCCUACCAACAUCUGCUACCGAUAUGACCCACAUGGAAACUUCUGGACACGAGUGGCAUCAAUGUACCACAUGAGGAUGUACCACGCAGUUGCCGUUCUUGGCGGAGUUCUGUAUGCCAUUGGUGGGCAGAAUGAAUUUGGGGAGAGUUUACCAUUUGUGGAAUUCUACAACCCUGACACCGACACGUGGGGCGAGGCGUGCGCCAUGACGGAAGCAAAGAUAGGAGCGGCCGCGGCAGGACAUCGUGGGCUGGUCUACGUCGUCGGAGGCUUCUUGGAAACCGAGGAUGAGAAAGUUGUACUCGGCACAGUAGAAUGUUACGAUCCGAGGAAAAAUAGGUGGUUGUGCAAGAACCCACUUCCGGGUCCCCGAUGCCACGCCGGUCUCGUGGAGGUCAAGGGCACGUUGUUCCUAGUGGGUGGAUCAACCUUCUACGAUGAUAGUGACGCCAUCACCAGCCUCGACGCCAUUCUUCGUCUUGACGACGACCACGACCGCUGGGAUCGUGUGCAGACACUCAGGGUGCCCCGACACGACGCCGGUGUUACUACGAUCGGCAACCAGAUAUACAUCGUUGGGGGAGUGACGUCAUCCGACAACCACGCACUGGCUGACGUGGAGGUAUUUGAUGUUGAAACCUGUGAUUGGCUGGAAGGAACAGACUGGCUCACACACGCAGCACUUGGAAUAUCAUGCUGUACCCUUGGUGCCAGCGAAGCUUAAGAUUUGGACUCAUGCACAACCUUUUGAACUGUACUGCAUUUAUUCCUUUGUUUAAUUUGUUUUAAAUGUCAAUGAAGUAUGCAUUAAACAAUGAAAAAAAUGUUGUUUAAAAAGUAUAUAUGCUCACACAUUUUUGUCCUUUUUGAGAUAAUAUCAGUGUAAAGAAUACAAAUAUUUGCGAAAUCAUUUGUUGAGUAUGCUAUCUACUUGCGGUAAAAAUCCCCCACAGAGUAAUUACAAUGUAAGUAAUUCAAAUGUACAAGAAGUUAGUUUAUGUAUAUUUUUAAACAAUUAUUGAACACCCUGUCGUAGUAAGAAUAUCGCUUUGAGGAAUACAAAUGAAAUAGAACAUUAUAUUUUGCAACAAUAUGUAUACAUUAUGAGAGAAUAUUUUACACAUAGAUCUAUAUUAGAUUAACUAAUUUAAAAUGAUAAUCCGAAAACAGUGUAGGUAGUAAUGCUA